AUGACAAACGAUGCCCCACAAGACCAACAACCACAACUUCACCACCACCACCACCACCAACAAGAACACCAACAAGACUUCAAACAGAAACUAGAAGCUCUCUACAGCCAAUCCAAAUCCUGGUUCGACCGCCAAAAACAAGACCUCGAAAACCUGGAAGCCCACCAACACGAUAUCAACCAAAUCAAUCUCGAAUCCAUCGCCAACGUUAAAGCGAAUCUUCAGCUUACGAGGAGCGAUGUUGCCUUCUUAAGAACUAAUAUUCGCACUCUGGAUGAGCAUAUUGACGACCUUCGAAUGUUGGUAGACAAGAACAAGCAACUCUCAACAAUCCAAAUAGAAACCGUCGCACAACUUAAACUAGAACGAGCGUCUUUGUUAGCCUACCAAAAAACCCUCCAUCAACGCGCCGAGAAACUCGAAGCCGACCUCGCAGCCAUGACCCUCCGCAUCGAAGCACUAGGCCGCCAACUCUCGCGGCUGAAGAGAGAGGUUCGCGAACACAAGGAGGCGCCUGGACACAGUACUGCCACCACAGUCGCAGAGGAAGACAGGAGAGCACAGGAAAUUCAAAGGAUCUUAUCGACGAUCCACGGCUACGAGGCCGUACACGCUUACGCCCUGGAACGCAUUCCUCCUCCUCCUCCUUCCUCCGACCUAUCCCAGAAACCAUUCCAGGCCCAGGAUCAAUAUCGUGAAAACUCUAACCUCGCCGCCGCCACCUCCGCCCCCUUCGAUUGCCGCCACUACAUCGACAACAGCAGCGGCAACAACAACAGCAUCAGGAAACACGCCUAA